CGGUAGAAUUUAUUCCUUUAGUUGCGCGUGAUCUUCGAAAGUGCGCGGACGUAGUAUAGUGUAUUGGAAUUAAUAUUUAUAUUAUUGAAACGUAACCGCGUUAUUUAUUACGCUUUAAACAUUUUUAUAACUAUUUUUAUUUACUUGCGAGUGUUUUUACGUUAAAUAACAAAUAUAUUUAUUAUUUACCACAUGGUGACGCAAAUGAAGGAUUUUAACGUAUCAUCAGAAUCUAGCGGCAUGUUCACAUACGUUAGAAAUACCGGCACUCAUCUAUCAACGUUAACAAGAAUCUUGGGCGUGUGUACUGCAGUUGGUAUAUUCUUGAACCAACGACACGAGCGUGCUCGUUCGAGCGAUCGCCGCAUCACCCACACAUCCAUCUCCCCAAGGAAAGAAGCAUCGACCGCUAUUCGGUCCCCAGUACUUAAUUAUUCUUGCAAGUGGCACCGGUGUCUUAAUUAUCACGCGCUUUCAGCCCUUUUAAGGGAUGCCUUUGGCAGAAGUGGUGUACCCGGCUAAUUGCAUUGCCAAAGAGUACUAAAGGUGGCGUGACAGCGUUGCUUUAAUUGAAACUAUAACCUUCAGAACCACAAAUUCUUUGUCAGAUAAUCUUAUAAGCAAAUAUUUUUCCAAAUUUCCUCUCGUAUCGAUUCAGUGUUUCAAUAUUUUUCCAAUUCUUUGAUGAGAUAGUUUUGAUGGUUAAGUUAGAUUAAGUUAAAUUUGUUGGAUAUAUUAUAGGAUAGAUACUGUAUUUUCUCUGGUAACAAAUGAUCAUGUGGCAAAGAAGCGUUUAAACAUUGCUGAAAAUUUUAUAAAAU